AGAGAGACGAUAAACGAAGCCCUAAAUAUGGAGGAAAUGCAUAUAACAACUUAAAAACUUAAAACUCGAUACCCCCCCCCUUUUCAUGGCCAAAACGGACGAAACGACAGUGGUGAAUAGAGAACCGGAGACGCCUUGGGGGACGUGGGAGGAGCUCCUCCUCGCCUGCGCCGUCCACCGCUACGGUACCAACAGUUGGGACUCCGUCGCCGGCGAGGUUCAGCGGCGGAGCUCCGCCUCCGCUGUCCUCAGCCCCGACCACUGUAAAAAGAAAUAUCAGGAUCUUAAGCGCCGAUUCUCCCACCAGAACGGCACCGUAUCACCGCGUGACGGUGAUGACAACAAGGCCGACGCCGUCCCCUGGCUCGACGAGUUGAGAAAGCUCCGAGUCGCCGAGCUCAGACGCGAACUUGAGCGCUGCGAUCUCUCCAUCGUAUCUCUGCAACUGAAGGUGAAGAGAUUGAACGAGGAACGAGAAGAGAGUCUGAGGAAAGGCGACAACGGCGGAGAGAAGUCAGAUCUGGACAAAAAUGUGCACAGAAAAAGAGAUGAGGAAGAGAAAAGAGAACAACGCGGUGAGCCUGAUAAAUUGUCCCCGAGAUCAGUUGCCGGAGAUCCGGUCGCCGGCAACGAAUCCAACCGAGAGAACCAGUCCGUGAGCGAGUCCAACUCGACAGAUCCGAAGGGCGAGACCUAUAAAACCGGAGACGAUGGCAAAGAACCGGAACCUAUUCGGACCGGAGAACGAAAGCCGGAAGCUCAGGACCUCGCCGGCGGUUCAACAAAACCGGUCGGCGAGAAUUCGUGUAACGGUAGCUCGGAUAGUAUAGAGAAGAUGCCGGUCCGGGAGUCAGUGAAGGCUGAACCGGACCGGGGAGCAAGGGACUCGGCCGAGUUGUGGGAAUCGGUGGCCGAGUUGUGGGAAUCGGUGGCCGAGUCGAAGGAUGGUCAUGCCGGCGAUGAGGCCACGGCGAAGGAAAGUAGUGACGUGCAGAGCUCGGCGAGCAAAUCGAGAAAGGAAGGAGUGUCCGAUAAGCUGCGCUCCGGCUGCAUCAGCGGUGAUGAACCCGAAAACGAUGAUCAAUCUCCCGCCAUGAAAGUGAUCUCCGUUAAAUCGCAACCGUUAGUUGAUAUCCUUGAGAUUGUCCGGUCUCACAGGCUUGGCUCGGUUUUUGAGCGCCGGCUCGAGAGCCAGGUAGCUAGCAGGUGUUGGUUGCAGCUCCUUUGGACUUAUAUCAAUCAUUCAUUCCUGUUCCAAAAUGUUGGAGAGUACAGGGGGAAGAAGGAUGAAGAAAAAAAAUUAAAAAAAAAAAAACUCAGGAAUCAGUGUGGUCAGGGUGCUAGUUAUUGCCUAACUUCUCAUCUGAAGGAAACGCCAGAGUACAAGAACUUGAUUCGACAACAUAUGGAUCUUGAAACUAUCCGAAUGAGGAUUGAGGAAGGUUGCUACUCAGGUUGCAACAAGAAGUUCUUUCGUGAUAUGCUGCUGCUCUUCAACAAUGCAAUCAUUUUCUUUGGCAAAAAGUCCCGAGAAUCUGUUGCAGCUAUUGAGCUUCGACAACUUAUUUCCAAAGAGAUGAUCCAGAGGACACCCAAGUUGGAAUUGUCAGCUGGAGAACAAACUUCAUUGCCACCUUUACCCCUUUCCUCAAAGCCAGACCCUGAACCAAGUGAUUCCUUACUACUGAAGCCAAAGAUUUCCAAUCCGAUUAUAGUUUGCCGGAAGCGCAGUUCAAUUGCUAAAGCAUCGGGAUCAUCAUUGGGAGCAGCAGAUAGAAAGAGGGAACAAAAAGCAGCAUUGCUUGAAGAGAAACCGAUUUUAGAUUGGAAGCAACCUAGUAAAACCUCGAAGAACACAGAAGAAAAUAGAGUCACAAAGAAAAGAACUAGAGACAGAUUUGCUUCAGGUCCGGGAAGCUCAAAGAAAAAUGGGGGCAAGAAUCAGGCCAAUCCCGAAAAGAAUUCAGAAAAUGUUUCCAGUCAAAACCAAGGGAAGGGCGGGUCUUCAACCGAGCGUUCAGAGGCAAAAAGUGAGAGGAACACCACCACUGUGGCAGGUGCAAAGAAAAGAAGUGCGGCUAACUUCUUGAACAGAAUGAAGCGAGGCUCGUCCACAAACAACGGAUCUUUGCUCGAUACAUUAAAGACCUCGGCUAUUAGUUCCAACAAUAGCAGAGGAGGAGGAGCCGGUGAUCAGAAGGCUAGCAGCAAUGGCAAGGGUAACGGGAAGAAAGAGCAGGCUUCUAGGAGGGCUGCCGGGGGCAGGCAAGUGAAGGAACAAGAAAGCCCGGCAAAGCGAAGUGUUGGUCGGCCGCCAAAGAGGGCUGCAGCUCCACCUCACCCGCAGCCUGGAGUUGCAGGGAAACGAGGUAGGGAAGGCGGUGAUGCCGAGACUUCAGCUUCCAGACAGCCAAAGAAGAGAUCAAGGAAGUGAAGGUGGUGGGCUGUAUUUGUACAUUACACUGUAUGGGGCGAAUUGUCUUUUGUACUGAUAGGUUUUUUAUUUUUGUUUUCUAUCCCCCUUUUUAUACUUUGAAGUUUGAGAUGUAUCUUGCUAAUUUAAUUGUAGCUGCAGCCUCUUGUCUUUCUCUGAAGUCCAAAGCCAAAGGAGAAAUUGCAAACAUAACAUGCUCAUGGCAAAAAGUAAAAAGUCUCUGUAUCUGAAUUAGUUUAGUUGUAGGGGUUUUAUGUUUCUUUUCAUUGAUUUGAUUAUCUGAAUUUCAAUAACUUUACUGUUUUUUUAGUA